AUGCGCUUUUCAAUCAUCGCCGUAAUCUUACAAAACACAAUAUUCUUCGGGACAGCUCUCGCUGCCCAUCAAGGCUUUCACAUUAGUGAGGAGAAUAAAGCAUUUGACUGUGACGGACGUAUCAUUCGCCAUAGUGAUUAUAGUAGCCAACAAUAUUCGGCAUCACAAAGUAUUUCAAACAAUGAAUAUAUCGAGACGACUUCAAUAGAUUUCCUUAAUAAAUUUUUGAUGGACUACCAAGAUAGAAGAUGUGUCUUAUUUUUAGAUGGCAACUCGAGAAAUUUUUAUCUCACCGAUCUCGACAUAACCCCAAGCAGCAAAACAUACCACAGUAGAACUCAUCAAACCUCCUAUUCUCUUGUAAUCGAUAACCGGUACCGCGCAGUUGCCAUAAUUAUGAAGCUCACUUCCAUGAAACCCGACGGGACGGGAUGGACAACUAUGGGGACAGGUCAGAAAAUUUGUGGCAUUUUUAGCAAUGGAGUUAUGUGA